AUGUUUGCUAAGAAGAAGAAGCGUAUAGAGAUCUCGGCCCCCUCUAAUUUCGAGCAUCGUGUACACACUGGUUUCGAUGAGCAGGAACAGAAAUUUACUGGGCUUCCACGACAAUGGCAGAGUCUGAUCGAGGAGUCAGCCAAAAGACCCAAACCCUUAGUAGACCCAGCAUGCAUCACAGCCAUCAAUCGUGGUCCACAAAAGACUAUCGUACGUGGGAACAAGCUGUCGCGAGAUGGCUCCUUGGCAUGGCUGCUGGAUGAGUUUGAGAUGAUGUCAGUGUGUCGCUCUAACUCCUUACGCAGAGAGUCUCCUCCUUGCCCACCUAGAGAACCGCGUACUCCUGUGGAAAAUGAGAACAGAUCUGUCCGCCAUAAUGAGAGGAUGGAUGGAAAGCGAGAUCGCCACAAAGUGGCAGAUGGUGACUAUAGUGAACCAGCAGAUAGGGUGGUCAGGAGAGAAAAAGAAGAAAGAAGGCCAAAAUCCGCUUACACUGGAGGAGGACAGAGUAGCCCUCAGUCACCUAGGGACAAAAGACCACUCUCCGGGCCCAGUAUGCAUACCCCAAAUAACCAGUCUCCUGAGGGAAUGGGGAAGCCAACACAACAGGCAGCAAGGCCUUUUAACACUUAUCCGCGUGCAGACACUGACCCAAACAGGUCAUCACAGCAGGAUUCCCGUUCCACUGUACCCCUUGACCCUAAAAACCCUGCAAACAGAGGCUCUUCUCGGCCACAGCCAGGCCAGACCAAGCCUAAGCCUCCAGAGAAACCAUCUCAGGCCAGCCUCUCCCAGCACAGCUCUGACCCACAACUUUCUCGCCCCCCACAGCAGCCACAGCACCCUGCACAGCCUCGAUCGCCACAGAGAGAGCCUCAGCGGGUGUCACAUGAGCAGUUCAGAGCAGCACUGCAGAUGGUGGUGGACCCUGGAGAUCCCAGGUCCUAUCUGGAUAACUUCAUCAAAAUUGGGGAGGGCUCCACAGGGAUUGUUUGUAUUGCCACUAUCAGGAGUUCUGGGAAACUUGUUGCUGUCAAGAAGAUGGAUCUGCGGAAGCAGCAGAGGAGGGAGCUUCUGUUUAAUGAGGUGGUGAUAAUGCGAGAUUACCAGCAUGAAAAUGUGGUGGAAAUGUACAACAGCUACUUGGUGGGGGAUGAGCUGUGGGUGGUUAUGGAGUUCCUAGAAGGAGGGGCCCUCACUGACAUUGUCACACACACCAGAAUGAAUGAAGAACAGAUAGCCGCUGUUUGUGUGGCUGUACUGAAGGCUUUGUGUGUACUUCAUGCCCAAGGAGUAAUCCACCGAGACAUUAAAAGUGAUUCUAUUCUGCUGACACACGAUGGACGGGUGAAGCUCUCUGAUUUUUGGUUUCUGCGCCCAGGUCAACAAGGAGGUUCCACGUCGGAAAUCCUUGGUGGGAACGCCCUAUUGGAUGGCCCCAGAGCUCAUCUCACGAUUACCUUAUGGGCCAGAGGUGGAUAUCUGGUCUCUGGGUAUCAUGGUGAUAGAGAUGGUGGAUGGAGAACCUCCAUAUUUCAAUGAGCCUCCACUAAAAGCAAUGAAGAUGAUCAGAGACAAUUUACCACCUAAACUGAAGAAUGUGCAAAAGGUAUCUCCCUUACUUAAGGGCUUUCUUGACCGGCUUCUAGUGAGAGACCCUAGCCAGCGAGCCACUGCUAAUGAGCUUCUGAAGCAUCCCUUCUUGACCAAAGCAGGGCCUCCAUCAUGCAUUGUUCCACUGAUGAGACAGAAUCGCAUGAGAUGA